AGACAGAGAGAGAGAGAGAGAAAGUGAGAUCUCUGGCUGGCAGGCAGGCGGCGGGCUAUGCGUGAAGUUAUCGGCUGAUGACAAGUUAACGGAGCGCCAGGGAGCCUCCGAGAUUGCGUUUUAGAAGAAUCCGAGAGAAAAGGAGUAAAACACUGCAGCUGAAUGCAAGCAAACUUGGAUAUAUAUGACACAACUCCCAGCAGUGGAAUACAAAGAGAGACUUUAAGGAGAAAAAAGAAGCCUCGCGCUCACACCCCCAGGAAUCCCGAGGAGAAGGGGGUCUGCGAAAACUUGCCGGGAGAGAGACAGACGGAGAAAGACAGAAAAGGCGACGAUGUUCAUGUUAUGGCUCCUAACUUUGGCAUCCCCUCUUUCAGCAGUUUUUACAACAAGAUUUACCCAGGAGCCUGCCGAUGAGACAGUGAUUGCAGGGCAGAAUGUAAUUCUUCCUUGUGUAAUCUUCAACUAUUCUGGGAUUGUACAGUGGACCAAGGAUGGCCUAGCUUUGGGUAUCAGGGAUGGUCUACAAGCUUGGCCAAGGUACAGAGUGCUACGAAAUCCUGAAUUUGGCCAGUAUAACUUGGAGAUCUCAGAUGCUAAACUAUCCGAUGACUCUCAAUACGAAUGUCAGGCUACAGAAGCAGCAUUACGAUCCCGGAGAGCCAAACUUACUGUGCUAAUUCCACCAGAAGAUCCUGUAAUAGAGGGAGGUCCUGAAAUCUUGCUGACUGCGGGGGUUCCCUAUAAUCUGACAUGUUGGGCUCGGAAUGCAAAACCUGCUGCUGAAAUUGAGUGGCGUAGAGAUGGGUUGAAACAGGAUGGGAGUUUCAGCAGCACGGAAGUGUUGCCAGAUCGGAAAAGAGAGACUACAGUCAGCAUUCUUCCAAUUAUACCAACUGACUCAGACAUAGGCAGAGUAUUCACCUGCUACACAAAAAAUGAUGCCCUACCCAGUGGAAAGGAGGCCUCUGUCAGGCUGAAUGUGCAUCAUCCCCCCACUGUUACCCUGUCUAUCCAUCCACAGACUGUUUUGGAGGGAGAAAGAGUGGUCUUUACCUGUACAGCUACAGCCAAUCCAGAAAUCCAGGGCUACAGGUGGGCGAAGGGUGGCGUUUUGAUUGAUGGAGCCACAGAUAGCAUCUAUGAAGCAGUGGUGGAUCAUACAUUCUUUACAGAGCCAGUAUCUUGUCAAGUCCACAAUGCUGUUGGAAGUACCAAUGUCAGCACUUUAGUUGAUGUCCAGUUUGGACCUCGAAUUGUGGUUGAGCCCAGGCCCACCUCUGUUGAUAUUGGCUCUGAUGUGACUUUGACCUGUGUUUGGUCAGGGAAUCCUCCUCUCACUCUGACGUGGACAAAAAAGGGCUCCAACAUGGUGCUCAGUAAUAAUAAUCAGCUCUACCUCAAGUCUGUGAGUCAAAUGGAUGGUGGUCUCUAUGUUUGCAAGGCCAUAGUGCCUCGGAUAGGAGUAGGAGAGAAGGAAGUUGCACUUUCUGUUAAUGGACCACCAAUCAUAUCCAGCGAUUCAGUGCAAUAUGCCAUCCGUGGGGAUAAAGGAGAGGUGAAAUGUUUCAUUGGUAGCACCCCAACACCUGACCGAAUAGCUUGGGCGUGGAAAGAAAAUAUUUUAGAGACCGGCACUCUGGAACGUUACACAGUGGAGCGUGCAGACACUGGUACUGGCGUCCUUUCUACAUUGACCAUCAACAAUGUAAUGGAGGCAGACUUCCAGACACGUUACAACUGUACAGCUUGGAACAGUUUUGGACCUGGGACAGCCAUUAUUCAGCUUGAAGAAACAGAGAUUGUCCCUGUUGGAAUCAUAGCUGGUGGGACAGUAGGAGCUUCAAUUCUUCUGAUGUUUGUACUAAUUGCACUAACCCUCUUCCUGUAUAGACAACGCAAAGGAAGUCGCAGGGGAGUUACCCUGGGCAAACCUGACAUCAAGGUAGAGACUGUCAACAAGGAAACACACAACCUGGAGGAUGAUGCCUCCAGCAUAUCAACUGCUCCUCGAAUGGUUAAAACUAUGUACUCUCCAUUCAAGGAUGAAAUUGACCUAAAGCAGGAUCUGAGAAGUGACACACUUGACACCCGUGAGGAAUACGAGCUGAAGGAUCCCACCAACGGUUACUAUAAUGUGCGUGCUGCACAUGAUGACACAAGACCUUCUUCACGCUCCAUGCUUUAUGCUGACUAUCGCUCCUCCACAGGGCCAGCUGCAAACCCAAGUGCCACUAUUGCUGACAGAGGAGGCGGAAGUGGACCGGGGCGAUGUUUUGACCCAAGACCCCCAUCACGUUUAUCCCAUGCAAGCUAUGCCCAGUUUAAUACAUAUGCCCGGACUGGAAAUACCAACAAUGCUGUGGCUACAGGUUCAGACUUUGCUGCAGAAUGUGGCCCCACUAUGCUGGACACUACUAAUCAGCUAUCCUAUGAAAACUAUGGCACAGGACAUGGGUAUCCACAGAGCGUCAAUACCUAUGCUCCUUACAGGCUGGGCUUCCCAACGCAAGGAAAUCUGGGGUUAGAUCGGCUUAGUGCUGGUUAUGAAGCUUUUACAGCAACAGGUGAAGGCAACCUUGGAAAAUAUGGCCCCUCCACAACAAGGUAUUCAUACUCUUCACAGCAUUCUGACUUUGGUCAGAGACAUCAGCAGCGUAUGCAAACACAUGUGUGAUAAGGAUAGAAUUAAAUUUAAAAUUAGAUGUAACUAAGGUGAAACAACACCGAAGGCAGGUACCAUGGGAGAUAUAGGAGAAGACAACUCUGAAAAACUGACAGCACUGCAUACUUUACAUGUGCGAGAAAAGUUGUUCAAAAUGGACCCAGGCAACUUUCAAGAGAAUGUCCACGGAAUCUGCUUUUUUGCAGAAAGCCUGAGAGAUUUUGUUCCAGUUACUGCCACCAGAGAGUGGUAUAUGUGUAUAGCAGGUGCUGUGGUUCUACAUUCCUAUUUAACUCUUUUUAGAGAAAUGUAUGGCGCAGGAAAUGUAUUCUUAUUUUUUUUACCACUGGGACAUAAAAAACUGCAGUUAUUGCCAUCCAUCUCCUCUAUGCAUAGUUUAAAGUGAACAGGCUUCAGUGGGGCUCUUGUGAACUGCACUGUUAAAAUGUGUGGGUAUAUGAGUGCAUACAGACAUGCUGUACAGUCUGUCUAUCUGUUAUAUACCACCUUUCACAACUAUAUCUCUGUCAUAUAGCACUUUUGAUAUUUAUCUAUAGCAGUGUUCUCAUUCAUCUCUCUAUUUAUCUAUCCUAAAAUCUCUCUCUCUCUCUCUCUCUCUC